GGGACCUUAAUGCGACAAGGCUUUCAUCUUAUGACUAAACCAAAUAUCUUGCCCGAAUUGAGGCUGCGAAAACCCUGACCACCAAAACCCUUUACGAAUCGAGGAACGAAGGGGGAUAGAGAGAGAAGGGAAGCGAUCGAUUUCUCCAACUGGGAUCGGUACCCAUGGCGGCCUCGGCCUCUUCUCCGCAAGCAGUCGGGGAUUCGAGGACUGCCCUCUCCAAACGCCCGCCCAAUAACUUCUUCGUAUGGAGAGAGUUUGUUUGGGGAGCACUUGCGGGAGCAUUUGGCGAAGGCAUGAUGCACCCAAUUGACACUCUGAAAACACGAGUUCAAAGCCAGGCCGUGCUUACGGGUACUCAGGCCCAGAAGAACAUACUGCAGAUGCUCCAGAUCGUCUGGCGUGCAGAUGGUUUGGGAGGAUUUUAUAGAGGGAUCACUCCAGGGGUAACUGGAUCACUUGCAACAGGGGCCACAUACUUUGGGGUAAUAGAAUCAACUAAGAAAUGGUUGGAGGAAGUAAAUCCUAAGCUUGGUGGUCACUGGUCUCACUUCAUUGCAGGAGCAGUUGGGGAUACACUUGGCUCUUUUGUUUAUGUGCCAUGUGAAGUCAUGAAACAACGCAUGCAAGUGCAAGGCAUCAGAAAAUCCUGGAAUUCAACUGUGAUGAAAGGAAAUGUCUCUCAAAAAUCUGGUAUACAGAUGUAUGGUUAUUAUACAGGAAUGUUUCAAGCAGGUCACUCAAUUUGGAAGGAGCAAGGUCUGAAGGGAUUAUAUGCUGGAUAUUGGUCUACACUUGCAAGGGAUGUGCCUUUUGCUGGACUGAUGGUUACUUUUUAUGAAGCGCUGAAAGAUUUGACAGAGCAUGGGAGGCAAAAAUUUAUACCUGAUGCUGACUUGCAUAUCAGUAGUUCUUUUGAGGGACUGCUAUUGGGAGGAUUAGCUGGCGGAUUUAGCGCAUAUCUCACCACUCCUUUGGAUGUGAUAAAAACAAGAAUGCAAGUACAAGGGUCCACUAUGAGGUACAAUGGAUGGCUGGAUGCUUUUAGAAGGAUAUGGGCGGACGAGGGCUUGAACGGUAUGUUCAAAGGCAGUGUCCCUAGAAUAAUGUGGUACGUCCCAGCCUCUGCCCUCACCUUUAUGGCUGUGGAGUUCCUGAGGAGUCAUUUCAAUGAGAAAUUGGAUGCCAAUGUCCAUGAAGUCAGUAGCUUAUCAAUCGACACAAGCUCUAAAAUUCGAAAAGCAGCUUGAGUUUCUGCGCUUUCUCGUGAAGCCAUUAAGGGAUUGUAUUUUGAUGCAUUAUUGAGUCUUUUAGAAUGGAAGCCAAGGCUUCCCAGAGGAAUCUGGCAAUUGAAAUAGAAAUACUCGUAUUCAAUGGAUUGAACUACAACAUUCUUAUAUUUCCAUCAGAUUCUUCUUUUUUUCAUCUGAUAGAAAGGACACAAACUGCAGUGUUACGUAAACCUACAGAUUAUCCGAUGGUGUCCAGAUGUACUACGAUAUGAUGUUCUCAACAUGGUUUAAGAAAGCAACUUUCUUUUGGUAUUUUAAA